CCAUCUUUACUGUCCCCCACUGACGGCCGCACCACCACAGACCAGCAAGGUCUCCAUCUCCAUCUUCGCACUCCUCAUCGGAGUCUGGACUAAUAUUCCUAAGGCUUGGACCAAAUAUGCCUGCCCCAUCUCUAUUUGUUAAAAGAACAACUCUUCAUCUAAACAGAUUCCUUAUCUGAUGAGUUUAACUCAUCCACGGAAGUCAUGGGCUCCUCGAAAAUGGCAACUCACCUGGGUAUUGCAUAAACCCAGUACUAGAACCAAAUAUGCCAGUUUUCCUGUUCGGCGAAACAACUCUAAUAUGUUUUUAUUUUUACUUUUUGAGGACGACUCCGUCUGAAACUUUUCAGAACAUUGCAUGUGUCGUCAGGUGAGGGAGAGGCAGAGGGAAGAUGGAUUUUUUUAGUGGGUUGGAUUUUAAAAUUUGGGGAUUUUGACGCUGGGUAGCUUAUGUCCGGAGAUUGGAGUGGCUCGUCCUCACCAGUGCUAGGCGAUCGUGAUCUCCGGUGGCCAGCCGUCGGUGAGGGAAUAGAGGAGAGAGAGAUUUGUCUGAAAUGGAGGAAGAGAGAGAGUGACAGGCUUUGUCAUCUCCUAAAGUUUUUAUUUAUUUUUUUAUAAAAGGUCCAGACGUGGCACGGCCACGUUGGAUUGGGCGGACGCUGAGACGACCAAGUGUCUGCCGUAUAGUUCUACUCCUGAUAUACGGAUAAUUUUCUAUCUGAAAGACUGAAACCCUAAUAGGCAAGUACUCAUCACGCGGCGCCUCUUCUAGAGGUUUCUUCUUCACGGCUCCACCUCCACCGUCAAACGACCACGCCGACGGCCAGUGCGCUCGCCGUCGAUCAUCCUGCAACAAUGAAGGUGCGUUCUUCAGUUAAGAAGAUGUGUGAAUUCUGUAAGACUGUGAAACGCCGUGGUCGUGUUUAUGUAAUAUGCACAGCUAAUCCUAAGCACAAGCAACGACAAGGCAUGUCAACAUUUGCAUAUGAGGGCCCUGCUCCUCCUACGUCUUCUGACACGAGUACCAAACUGGAGAUGGUGACUGGUCCCAAUUUACGGGCCGGUCUGGCUUCUCUCAUUCCCAAAAAGCAGGAGCCAGUGAUGAUGUAUGGAUGGAGGGCAGGCCUUGCAUCCAUUCUGUUCAAUAAGGUAAAUUAGCUUUCCUCCUAUUCGGAAGGGUGAGAAUGAAAUGGGAUAAUCAAAGAAUCGUACUGGUUUUAGCCUUGAUGAAUUUUGUCAUCUAUUGACCUUUCUCGUGUAUUAUGUUUCAUUGUGAUGCUAUAUUCUUAUACACUAGUGGGAGGGAGUGAUUAAAAUGAAAAAGAAACAAGAGAGAGUAGUAACUUAAAUAAACAAGAUUUCUUGAGAGUACAGAAAUUCAAAUGUUCUUCAAUUCUUGGGAGGUUCAUACUUUAUGGAAGUCAUGGAAGGAAAAAUCUUCUGUUUCAUUUUUGCA